AUGGAUAAUUUAGAUGCUGACACAUACUUUGAAUUUAAGACAUAUGAAGAAUUUCGAAAAGAACGAUUGAAAUUAAAUUAUGAUAAUACAUUAAAAUUAUGGUAUUCACUACCUGAUACACUACCAAUAAAUGAAAACAAUCGAUUCAGACGACACACACGUAAACAACAACGAGCACGUUUCAGAAAAAUAAAACAUUGUGUGGCUUAUGCUAUAUUGUUCAAAAAAACAUCUAAGAAGAAAAUUCAGUCAAAAAGUUUUCGAUUAUGGAAUGAAAUGUUAAAUAUAUCUGCAUCAAAUGAUGAAUCUCUUUAUGGUAUACAGCAAUCAAUGAAUCAACUUACUGUAGAGUUUUGUAAUAGAGUACGACAAUAUGAUCCAACAAUCAGUCAUGAUGAAUUAUUUAAAGCUGGUCGAUGUCUUUGGUUUAUGACUGGUUUUCAAAUGCAAUGUAAUUUACCCUCAAUUUUCAAUGAUUCUAUGAUUGGUUAUAAUAUGCUUUAUCCAUAUACAGAUGAUUUACUCGAUUGUAACGAUAUAAGUAAAGAAGCAAAAACCGAUUUCGCAAAAAUUUUUCAUGAACGAUUACUAAUUGGUGAACCAACAUAUGAUCCUCAAGUACAUUUUGAUGGAAAACAAUCAAAUAUUGCUGAAUUAAAAUUACCAUCAUCAUUACAAGCACAUGCUAAUCGUAUAGUAAAAAUAUUUGAUAUGGUGAAAUUUAUUGAAAAUGAUUGGAAACGUGGUGGUGAAUAUGACAUUGUUUAUAUGGCUUUAGCUACAAUACAUGAAGGGCAAAUGAAAUCAACAUUACAACAUGCAAGAACUGAAGAUGAUUAUGCACCAACCAUGACACAAAUUGAACAAAUUAGUGCAGAAAAAGGUGGUGCAUCAGUAUUAGCUGCUGGGAUUUUACUUGAUGGACGAUUAACAAGAGCUCAAGUAGCUUAUUUAGAAUAUGUAGGAUUUGCUUUACAAUUAAUUGAUGAUUUACAAGAUGUAAAAGAAGAUAUGAAAAAUAAUCAUCGAACAAUUUUUACUCAAACUAUUGCUGAAGGUCGAACAUUAGAUGCACCAACAGCACAUCUUAUGCAAUUUUGUUAUUAUGCAUCAGCAUAUGAAAAAUUUAGUGAUGAUCAACAUACAGUUUCAGAUCGAGAAACUCAUCUUACCUUAGCUCAUUAUGUACAAGUUUUAAUGAUGAUGUUUUCUGUAAUAUUGAUUUUAGAAGCUGCAUCUCGAUUACGAAAAUAUUAUUCAAAAAAAUUCUAUCGUGAAUUAUCUUCAUUAAGUCCACUUUCACUUCAUCAUCUCAGAUUCGCUCAUAUUGAAAAAAGACUUUGGAAUACUACACGAAAACAUAGGGUUGGAUAA